UCGGCCUCAAAAAUAAAAACUACUAGAAAAAAGUCCAUUUCUUCUUGGUCGCUUUGUUGGCGAGGCCGGAUCAGCUCCGGUCCUCCGGCGGCCGCAGGAAAAGGAAUGGCCAUGCUUGUCCGCUCUCCAACUUCUACCCUCCCCGCAGCGAAUCACCGGCAGAAAUCCGGCGUGCUCCUCCGGCGUCCAACGCGCCGCUCCGCUCGCCGUUUCCAACUGCACGCGGAGAAGCCCGCUUCCCCUGGCGCGGGCAACGAGACGUCCUCCAGCUCGGAGAACGCCGUCCUCAGGGCCGCCUGGUACGGCUCCGAGCUCCUCGGCAUCGCCGCCUCGUUCUUCCGGCCGUCGCAGCCGCCUACGGAGGGGGACAGCGCCGGAGCCGUAGAAGAAGCAGCGUCGGAGCCUCAGGGCCGCGCUCAGGUCGCCGAGGCUGUCAAGGAUGACUUCGCGCGGUCAUAUUUCGUCACAGGGAAUCUCACGCUGAAGGCUUAUGAAGAGGACUGCGAGUUCGCCGACCCUGCAGGUUCGUUCAAUGGCCUGCAGCGCUUCAAGAGAAACUGCACAAACUUCGGUUCUCUCUUGGAAAAAUCUAACAUGAAGCUCACCAAAUGGGAGGAUCUGGAGGACAAAUCAAUUGGACACUGGCGUUUCAGCUGCGUCAUGUCGUUCCCCUGGAGGCCUAUUCUGUCCGCGACCGGGUACACUGAAUAUUACUUCGACGCUGGAUCAGGAAAGGUGUGCAGGCAUGUCGAGCACUGGAACGUCCCCAAGAUGGCACUCCUGCGGCAGAUUUUCAGGCCGAGUCGAUGGGUAUGGGAGAAACGCACCGACGAAUGAAGCAUCGGUGUUCAUCGUGAACUAGGAUUAUGCAUGAUUAUACUCAAUGGUACCUGGUUAGGGGCAUUAGUAGUACUAGUACCUUGCAUGGACCGCAUGGUAGCCUAUCAGGUUAAGGCUGCUCGCUCCUGUUGUACAGACUACAGACUACAAGCAGUAAUAGAUCGAACCAUAAUCAUUUUAGUUCUGGGAGAUUAAACCGUAUUGGGACAUCCUUCAAUUAUCUGUUCUAAUCUAAACAACGCCAACAGAAGGAUAAUUAGCGAUGGGA